UUGAGUCAGUCAAUACUCGUUGUCCGUGACCUGUGUUUGUGUACUCUGUGUUUUUUAAUUAUUAUUAUAAACGGAAGUCUCCGUUAUUUGGAACGUAGUUAAAAUGUAUUGUUAAAACAAUUUGAACCGUAUUGUUAGUUGUAUUUUGUACUAUUAUGCGGUAGCAUAUAAGGAGUGGUCGACGUACUCACCGCUACCAUCUUCAUUAGACUGUGCAGUCACAGAGUAAUUAUUUAUUAACACUGGUUAUCAUACUGAUUCACCAUACAUUGUUAUUUUUACCUGUUUAUUAAUACCAAGCGAACCUACUUCUAUUUAUAGAUUUCGAAUAUGUCCCGGCAUAUAUAUUUUCGAAUAUUCGGCUAUGUUGCAACCAUCGUUCUCCAUAUUGGCAAUUGGUACGUGAUGGGGCUACCCAAACCAAUACACAUAAUGGCUGAUCCACACAUUAGGGGAUACUUGGAAAUGAGAAGUCGCUACUUCACUCGCUGGACAUUCUUUCUACAAGUGUUCUACGCGGUCUGUGGUUUGAUUUGCGAUGGUAUGAUAUUGAAAAGUACCAAUAAAAACUAUAAACUACCGAGACAUCUCAAGGGGUUCAGGGAUACGCUGUUUGCUGCUAUUGUAUGGCCUUCCACUUUCCUGGUGUUCACAUUCUUCUGGACUUUAUAUGUGGUUGAUAGAGACUUGAUUUUCCCACCUUUCCUGGACAAAAUCUUGACGCCACUGUCAAAUCAUAUAAUGCAUACUGCUAUAAUACCUAUAGCACUUUGGGAAGUAAUCUUUCAACAAAGAACCAUACCGAAGUCGCAUAUCAAGAAUGUACUGUAUUUAAUAUUUUAUCUUGUAUUGUAUUUGAGUGUGUUAAUCUACACGUAUACAGAACAUAAGAGAUGGGUGUAUCCAGUAUUCCAGAAGAUAUACGGAACUAUAUAUUUUUAUAUUGUAAUGAUAUUUAUCGGAUUACUAUGUAUAUUCUUUUAUUCGUUGCAAUGGCCGCUAACGAAGAGAAUUUGGGGAAUAUCAGAGAAAGAUAAAAAGAAAAGAAAAGCAUAAUAGUCAAAGAACGGAAAAGAGGUUCAGAGUCAACAAUAGCUGUUAAACGAAAUACAAUAUCCAAAUAAAAAAUGAGUUUCUUAUAGUCAAAGGACAUUACACUGCGUUUUUUAGCACAAUUCCGCUAGUACAAUAAAUUUACAUUGUGAAAAGCCCUCUAUGUUAACUGAGAUCACAUGUAGAGCAGGAUUUUAGUUUUGUUUGGCAUUAUGGUGAGAGUAUUGGGCAGCAUAG